AAUAUGAAAUUGGAGAAUACGUAAAAAUUUCUAUUCCCAAAAUUGAUCGAUUUGAUACAGAUCGGCCCAUCCUUCCAUGUAGAAUUUUAAAUAAGUUGAAUCAUAAUGAUACAUUUAAAUACCGUCUUGGGUGCAAAGAUGGUAUAUUGAAUAAUCUAUAUUGUGCAGGAGAAAUGGAACCAUUAGGCGUAAGAGAAUUUUCAGAAUUAGAAAAUAUCCCAACAGAUUAUAUAUCUGUUAGAGAAGCAGCGCGAAGCCAGAAUUCUGGUACAUUUACGGGAACAAUAUGCAAAUGUAAAGGUAGCUGUAGUACUAAUAAAUGUCAUUGCAAAAAAGCUAGCGCUAGAUGUGGAAGCAAAUGCCACAGUGGAAAUACAUGUGAUAACAAAGCUCAAAUUUAA